UAUCUAGCUAAGCCCGAGGCUCGACCUCGGCCCGCCUUCCCUCUCCUGGUCAGUUGCUUUCGCUAAUUUAACUUUGCUAGUCUCCCCCUCUAGUCCCACCCCUCCGACCUGCCCUGAUUGGUCACUCCUCAGACACCACCACCCCGCCCCACCAAACUCGUGCAUUGUUGCAAGAUUCUAAAGCCAGAGGAAGGAAGUUUGGGUGUAAUUGACUAGAAGGAAGGGGUUGUGACAAGUAAAGUCUGUCUCCGGGAGGCUCGGGUCCUUAGGCCUGGCGGACCCGGCGAACCAACAACUGGACAGCCAUGGAAAAAAAGCCUUCUCCAGGGAAAGAGGAAGGAGAAGAAGGAGAGGAAGAAGAGGAGGAGGUUGGUCCCGAAGGAGCCCUGGGGAAAAACCCAUUCCAGCUGACCGCCGAGGACGUCUAUGACAUCUCCUACGUGGUGGGAAGGGACCUCAUGGCCAUCAGCGGGGACUCCAGGGAUGUGGCCGCCAGGGUGACGCAGCUCCAGUUUAAAAUCGUGAGGAUCUUGGAGAUGCUGGAGGCCUUGGUGAAUGAUUGCAAUGUGACGGUGGAGGAGCUCAGGAUGGAGAGGGACAACCUUAGAAAGGAGGUGGAGGGGCUCAGGAGCGAGGGGCAGCCCCCAAACACGGAGGAGGUGAACCCAGGGACCAACAAAGUUGUCGUGGAUCUGACAGACCCCAACCGCCCUCGAUUUACGAUGCAGGAACUCCGGGAUGUACUGCAUGAGCGGAACAAGCUCAAAUCCCAGCUGCUAGUAGCUCAGGAAGAACUCCAGUGCUAUAAGAGUGGGCUCUUCCCCCCGGAUAACAGCCAAACGGCAAGAAGAGACUCUGAAGGCCAUGUCACCAGCACCACCAACUCCAAAGGAGGCAAACAGGAGAAAACAAUCAUCAGGAAGCUCUUCUCUUUCAGGUCAGGGAAGAGGACCUGAUCCCAAGCUGCCAGGACUGUGUGGAUGCCAUGGCCAGCAUCGAAGACCCGGAAAGCCUUAAUUGUGCCAUGUGUAGAUAAUUGGAUUUACUGACUUAUUUUCCCCUAAAAAACAGUUUGAGAAGGAAAUAUACAAUGUUGUUUUUCCCUCUGCUUAAUUCCCCCAUGGCUCUCAGUUAAGAGAGACUAGUGGGAAGAAAGAACACUGGCUAUUGAGUCAGAGGGCCUGGGUUCAAAUUUUACCUCAGUGACUGUGAGCAAGGAGAUUCCCUUCCCUGGACCUCAGUUUCUCCAACUGUAGGGUGAGGAAUUUGGGCUAGAAGUGAUUCCUACAGUGCCUUUCCACUUUAAAGGCCUACAAGCCCUCCUGUCACCAAACUCUGGAGCCCCCUUGCCCAGAAAGGUGGGUGGGGGCAGUUAAAAUUGUCCCAGUGAACCUAUGGGCAUGAGAAGGCAGCUCAUGAUGGAACAAGAUUUAGCUCUGGGAUCAGAGAAGCUGGAUUCAAAUCGUACUUUGUGGAGCUGGGGGAGCUGGCUUGAAACCCCACCUUGGGUGGGUCACUUACCUUCCUUAGGCCUCAGUUUCCUUACCUGUCAAAUGAUAGGCCUGGACUCCAAGGCCCCCAGGCCUGCUCUGUCUCAAGGGCUGUGCUGAAGUGUUGCUGCUAGGGUUUGUUUUAUUUUUGGGGGGUGGGGGGCUCUGACCAAGAUAGUGGCCCAACGACAUUGCCCCAGAAUCCACCCUUUCCUUCCACUUAUAAAUCAGCACAUUCUUAUUAAACUCCUAGAGUGUGCAAAGGCCUGCACUAGGCACUAGGGGAAAGGAAGACUGUAGAAAAGAUCUGGGCCAUGUCCUCGUGGUGCCGGCAGUGAAAACUGUCAGCCCAAAGAAGAGGAAAAGUCCAAAUGUCAAGUAUAAAUAGAUGUUUUCUUAUGCGUUUCCCCGGUUAUAACCUCACAGGACCUCAGGCCAGAAGGAACCACAGAAGUCAUCUUGUCUAAUUUUUACAGAGGAGGAAACUGAAGCCCCAAAAUGUUGAACUGUCUCACCCAAAGUUACACAGGCAGUUAAGUGUUAGAGCAAGGACUCAAACCCAGUACCCUGGACUUAAAAUCCUCUUUCACCACCGUAGUAUUGACUGCUCCAAUGGUUUUCUUUGUAAGGUUUUGUACUGAGACCAAUAAAAUGAUUUUUCU